GGCCAGCUGCCUGACGUCUGUGCGGGGCUCAGAACAUGGCUGCGGAGCCGAGCACCGGGCAGUGGCUGCGGCGGCGGCGGCGGGCGGGGAGCGCAGCGGACGGGGGCUCCGCUUUGCGCGUGGGGCGCUGAGCCGAGAGGCGCGGAGGCGGCGAGGGGGGUUUUGGGGGACGCUCGACGCGGCCUCUCCGCCACCCGCAGCACCAUGGGCAGCGCGGAAGACGCACUCAAAGAGAAACUGCUGUGGAACGUGAAAAAGGAGGUGAAGCAAAUCAUGGAGGAGGCUGUCACCAGGAAGUUUGUGCAUGAAGAUAGCAGCCACAUCAUUGCUCUGUGUGGUGCGGUGGAGGCUUGCCUCCUGCAUCAGCUGAGACGCCGUGCUGCUGGCUUCCUGCGCAGUGACAAGGUGGCAGCUCUGUUCACCAAGGUGGGGAAGACGUGCCCAGUGGCUGGGGAGAUUUGCCACAAGGUCCAGGAGCUGCAGCAACAAGUAGAGGGCAGGAAGCCCUUGGUGGGUAACCAGGAGCCCCUGCGGAGACAGGGCUCUACCAGUGGGAAGGCCCCAGCCCUCAGCCCGCAGGCCUUGAAACACAUAUGGGUCCGCACAGCGCUCAUCGAGAAGGUGCUGGACAGGGUCGUGCAGUACCUGGUGGAGAACUGCAGCAAGUACUACGAGAAGGAGGCAUUGCUGGCAGACCCCGUGUUUGGCCCUAUCUUGGCCUCUCUUCUAGUGGGACCCUGUGCUUUGGAGUACACCAAGCUCAAGACAGCCGAUCACUACUGGACCGACCCUUCUGCUGAUGAGCUGGUCCAGAGGCACCGUAUCCGGGGUCCCCCUAAUCGCCAGGACUCCCCUGCAAAGCGCCCAGCCCUAGGAAUCCGGAAGCGGCACUCGAGCGGCAGCACGUCGGAGGACAGGCUCGCGGCCUGCGCCCGGGAGUAUGUGGAAUCCCUGCACCAGAACUCCAGGACGCGGCUGCUCUACGGCAAGAACAACGUGCUGGUGCAGCCGAAGGAGGACAUGGAGGCUGUCCCCGGCUACCUCUCCCUGCACCAGUCUGCAGAGAGCCUAACUCUGAAGUGGACCCCCAACCAGCUCAUGAAUGGGACUCUGGGGGACUCCGAGCUGGAAAAGAGCGUUUACUGGGACUAUGCCCUGGUUGUGCCCUUCAGUCAGAUCGUCUGCAUCCACUGCCACCAGCAAAAAAACGGUGGCACACUGGUACUGGUGAGCCAGGAUGGCAUCCAGAAGCCACCGCUGCACUUCCCGCAGGGAGGACACCUACUCUCCUUUCUGUCCUGCCUGGAGAAUGGGCUUCUGCCUCGGGGACAGCUAGAGCCCCCACUCUGGACCCAGCAGGGGAAGGUACGCAGGGCUUGCGAGGCUCUGGGUGAAGGGAUGUGUGAGGGGAAGGUGUUCCCCAAGCUGCGGAAACGUGGCAGCGCGCGGUCCGUAGAUGUGGACGAGAUGGGCACAGGCUGGGCCACAGACUACGUGUUCCGGAUCAUUUACCCUGGUCACAGGCAUGAGCACAUCACUAUUAACUACCACCACCUAGCGGCCAGCCGCGCGGCCUCGGUGGACGAUGAUGAGGAAGAGGAGGAUAAACUACACGCGAUGCUCUCAAUGAUCUGCUCGCGGAACCUCACAGCUCCCAAUCCGAUGAAAGAUGCUGGUGACAUGAUCGAGAUGCAGGGCUUUGGGCCCAGCCUGCCAGCCUGGCACAUAGAUCCCAUGUGUAGCCAGGGCUCCUCCUGGUUCUCCUGCUCCUCCAGUAGCUCCCCAUAUGCAACUCCCAACCACUGCAGCUGUGUCCCCGACCGGUUGCCCCUCAGGCUACUGUGUGAGAGCAUGAAGAGGCAGAUCGUGUCCCGGGCCUUCUACGGCUGGCUGGCAUACUGCCGCCACCUGUCCACGGUGCGGACCCACCUGUCAGCGCUGGUGCAUCACAACAUCAUCCCGCCCGCCCGCCCCCCAGGGGCCGCGGGGGGCCUCACCAAGGACGUGUGGAGCAAGUAUCAGAAAGAUGAAAAGAACUACAAGGAGCUGGAGCUGCUGCGGCAGGUUUACUACGGAGGCGUGGAGCACGACAUCCGCAAGGACGUCUGGCCCUUUCUGCUUGGCCACUACAAGUUUGGCAUGAGCAAGAAGGAGAUGGAGCAGGUGGACGCAGUGGUGGCAGCGAGGUACCAGCGGGUGCUGGCGGAGUGGAAGGCCUGCGAGGUGGUGGUGAGGCAGCGGGAGCGGGAGGCGCACCCAACCACACUCACCAAGUUCUCCUCGGGCAGCAGCAUCGACAGCCAUGUGCAGCGCCUCAUCCACCGAGACUCCACCAUUAGCAAUGACGUGUUUAUCUCUGUGGAUGACCUGGAGCCCCCGAAGCCCCCAGGCACGGAGGAGUGCAGACCAGAGCCCGAGGAGGAACCCGGCGCAGGGCCCCCGGGCACCGCCCUGGUGGAGCAGCAGCAGUCAGUGGAGUUUGAUUCUCCAGACUCAGGACUGCCUUCCUCUCGCAAUUAUUCCGUGGCCUCAGGCAUCCAGUCGAGCAUAGAUGAGGGGCCGAGUGUGGGCUUCGAGGAGGACUGCGGUGGGGAGGAAGGCUCCGACGGGCCGGAAUCUGCAGUCCACGCUUUCUCCGAGCCCCAAGAUCCCAGCCAGGAGAAGGCCUCUCGGGCCGGCGAGCUGGAGGCAGGGGAAGAGCUGGCGGCGGUGUGCGCUGCUGCCUACACUAUAGAACUGCUGGACACCGUGGCCUUAAACCUGCACCGCAUAGACAAGGACGUGCAACGAUGUGACCGCAACUACUGGUACUUCACACCCCCCAACCUCGAGAGGCUCAGAGACAUCAUGUGCAGCUACGUGUGGGAACACCUGGACGUGGGCUACGUGCAGGGCAUGUGUGAUCUGCUGGCGCCGCUCCUCGUCAUCCUUGAUAAUGAUCAGCUGACCUACAGCUGUUUCAGCCACCUCAUGAAGAGGAUGAGCCAGAACUUCCCCAAUGGGGGCGCCAUGGACACCCACUUUGCUAACAUGCGCUCCCUCAUCCAGAUCCUGGACUCAGAGCUGUUUGAACUGAUGCAUCAGAAUGGAGACUACACCCAUUUCUACUUCUGUUACCGCUGGUUCCUGCUGGAUUUUAAGAGAGGGACUGGAGAGCAGGGCAAGGAAAAGCAGGACACCCUGAGCAGCAACCUUGGGCCCACAGUACCGCGAACGUCCCCCCACAGCCACCCUUGCUUCCAGAUCACCUGGUCCACAGGGGCAGGUCUGCAGUGACUAGGGGGCUGAUGGGGGCUGCUGGAGACCACACCUGCCUCCUGGCCAUCGCUCUGCCCAGUGAGGCCCAGCGUCCCAGGACUGUGGGCUCUCCGGCAGGUCUCAUUAAGAGAAAGCACAGAUCCAGGUCAGCGACUUCCCCUUCUCCACAUCAACUCUGGUCUGAAGGGCUUCGCUGCCUCUAGCCCCAUCCACCCUCCUGGCAGCACCUCCCUCCAUUCUGCAAAUGACAAAAGGUGUCACAGGUUUCUCAGGUAUUGCCCAAGGCCUAUACAUACCACCAUUCGUACCAUUAUGUCACCCACUGAUGCCGGAAGCUACCCUCCUUGGAACCCAUUCCCCAUAGAACCCCAAAUGGGUCAGCCCUUUUCUCCACCUCAUCAUUCACUAGUCUACUUCAGUGUUCUUAGAGGACGACCCACUAGGCUUUGUAAAACCCCCACAUUUCUUGAUCUGCCUCUAUCUGGCCCCCAGCGGCUGCUGGCUCUGCACCUCCUCUCUGACCUCCUAGGUCACUCCCUGAGCCUCUGUUUUCACACUGCUCACAGCCCCUAGGCUCCCCAGGCUGCUGAACCACCCUCAGCCCUGGAAUGUGCUCCUCCUCUAACACCUGUACCUGAGUUGCAAUGACCAAUGAGAAAUGGCUCUCGGGGUGCUGGACAGCAUCGCUGACUUGACUGAGCACCCCUGGAGAGGCUUCUGUCUUUCCCACAGGUUCCGGGUCACUCUCACCCGAGAAGCUGAUGUCACCCACUUCGCUAAGAACACCCUUAUGCAAGGUGCCAACUCUCCUUCAAGUUCUCCAGGGCCACAGGCGACCAUAUGCCCCUUAGGCUGACCCCUCACAAGGGGCUGGAUGCCAUCUCUCAGACUGUGGCACUGCUCCCUAUCAGAAGGGUCUCCAGUUUCCCUUUGCAUGAGGCUUAAUAGCAGCUCCAAAAUGCCAGCUCAUGCCCUAUUUCUUGGCUGCCUUCCACUCCAAGUCUCAGCCAUCCUCCAUGACCUCCUGCCUCUGAAACCAUUAAACCAACCUCAGUUUCACAGGCCUCCCUGUGGCUGGCUUCUCCUCGGCCCACGCACGUCGUGACUGCUGGGUCAACCAGAUGACAGACAAUCCUGCCCUGCUACCUCCCGGGUCUCUUACCGGAACUGCUCCUGAGCUUCUAGCUUCCAAGCUUGCCAGUCACGGCCAGUGCAGAGCUCACUGGCUCUUCACGCACCAAACUCACUGCUUGGUCUUGGUUUGCCUCUCCCACCCUUAUGUAUCCUGAUGCUCACAUGUGGCUCCUCCCUUCUCAGUCUUAUCUGCUUGGGCUCCAAGACCACACUUGGCCCCCACCUCCUCCACGGCCCUCAACAGUCCAUCCUCCUGACAAACACCACAUACCUGAGCAUUUCACGAAACUGUCAGGGUACACUUAAUCAGACAAUGACUCAUAUCACAAAAUAUCUCAUGUUUAGUUUUCCACCGCAUACACUGUCCUGUCUGACCCUGUGAGAGAAGGCAAGGACUCUCUGUAGUUGGCGCAUAUCCCCUGGCUCCCCCAGUGGCAGGACAGAGCUGUGGACAGUGUCUCACUUGGCCCAGGGGAAGAAUCUGAGGCUGGGAGUGUGUGAGCUCCCGCCUCUAUCCUGCCUCUCCCUGCAUCUCAGGAGAAGCACAGUCACCAUUAGGUUUGAGUUUCUCGAUUUCAUUUCCCCAGGGCAGCCCCUCUUGACUGUUCACCUGCCCUCUUGGGCAUAACAAUGUCUUCAACUCCACACACCAACUAGGCCCAACUUCCCCACGUCCCCUCCUGCAGACCUUAAUUCCUUACCGCACCAGUGAGAUACCUCAAACCAUUCGUGCCUGCAACACAAAGCCCAGACACAGCCAUGCUCGGUAGCAGCCCGAAACCUGGUAGCUUUACACUUCCGUAGCCGUCCCAGGCCACACAGCCCCCUCUAUCUUCUUGGCUUUGAGAUGAACCUGCUUCUCCCCAUAUUUCUUCCAGAAAGACCCCUCCUCUUACCCACACCCACCUGUCUGGCUUCUCCCCCAAAGAGGCCACUGCUAGACAUGACAUCAGUUGAGGCCACAUAAAUGACAGGGCCUGUGGCGAGUCAACCCUCACUCCAACCUGGCUGCUGCGGGCUGCAAGUGGCCAUCCUGAACUCUACCUGCUAGCACAGCGGUUCUCAACCUGUGGGUCGCGACCCCUUUGGCGGUUCGAACGACCCUUUCACAAGGGUCGCCUAAGACCAUCCUGCAUAUCAGAUAUUUACAUUAUGAUUCAUAACAGUAGCAACAUUACAGUUAUGAAGUAGCAACGAAAAUAAUUUUAUGGUUGAGUCACAACAUGGGUCACAACCUUAAAGGGCCAGAAGGUUGAGAACCACUGUGCUAGCAGGAGAGGAAGACUUCUGGCGCAGGGAGAGAGAACAUCCGGGGCCCACCCCUCCUUUUCUCACCCAGCCCAGUUCCCCACAGGCCUAGAAGCCCCUGAAAGUUUCCCCAGGGUAUAACUUUAGUCUGCUUCAUUUUAAUAUUUUUUAAAUUGACUUCAGAGAGAGAGAGGGAGAGAGAGAUAGAAACAUCAAUGAUGAGAGAGAAUAGAUCAGUUGCCUCCUGCACACCCCCUACUGGGGAUCGAGCCCGCAACCCAGGCAUGUGCCCUGACCGGGAAUCCAAACCUGUGACCUCCUGGUUCACGGGUUGAGGCUCAACCACUGAGCAACACCAGCUGGACACACAUUGCUUCAUUUUAAACCCAUUUCCUUUCUAAGACUACCUGGAUGUGUGGUUUGGUGCCUGCCUACUCCUCCUCUUCCUGUCUCUGUCCACUUAACUGUCAUUUUUCAAAUGCUUUAGCACCUCCAAGCUACUCCGGGUCUGGCCGGGGACUAAUCUUCCCACAGCUUCCUGCCUCACACACCACCAGAGCCCUCGGUGUACACGCCCUACCUACGUGGCCUCUCCAGUUUUCUCUUUCAGCUCCCAUUGCGCGCCCUGCUGCCUCCCUUCUCUGCAUGGCAGUCCUCUCGCUGGAGAAACUUCGCCUGUUGUGCUCUCUGCCCUCUGCUUUGAUUGGGUCAGCCUGAGACCCUCAGGUCUCAAGUCAAAUGCUCUGUCCUCAGCAACAACUCCCCACCCAGAACAAAUCCUGCAAUCCUGUCCUUAUUACGCCCUCCGGCACCGUCCUCUGGUUUAUUUGUUUAUAAUCUAACACAAGACCCAACCCAGGAGGACAGAGACCCAUACUUUUUUCUUUGCUCCCUGCUUUAUCCUCAGAAUCAGACACAGGACUGUCCGUAGUGCUUGAAUGAAUAAAUAAAAGAGUGAAGUUGAGGGUUUAGACAGCCUUGUAAGUUUCUGCUUCCACUGUCAGCCCCGGGACAAGUAUCUCUAUGGACAGCCU